AUGAUCACAGCCUCUCCUGACAUCGAGGGUGUUGCUUUGCCAGGGCGUGACGAGGUGUUCAAGUGUUCUGGCUAUGCGGAUGACACUUCCAUUGCCGUCACUUCGGACAAUUCAAUGGGGGCAACUUUCGACACGUAUGCCCUGUACGAGAAAGCAUCUGGUGCCAAACUUAAUCGUGGCAAAUCGAAGGGCAUGUGGUUGGGCGCCUGGAAGUUCCGGCAGGAUUCCCCGUAUGGUAUCAAAUGGGUGAAGGAACUGCAGCUUCUAGGUGGUACCUUUAGCGCCGGUGCCUAUUCGGUUCCAACAUGGGAACCUCCGGUGAAGAAGCUUGAACAGCGGCUGUCAGCUUGGAAGGGUCGGCAACUCACUCUCCAAGGCAAAGCGACGGUCAUUAAUACGUUAGCCCUCUCCCAAAUAUGGCAUCUUUGCCAUGUUUUUGUCAUCCCGGAGUGGGCUAUCAAACGUAUCAAAAAGGCUGUUUGGGCUUUCUUUUGGUCUGGCCGCAAAGAGCUGGUUGCGCGUCGGACGGUUUGCUUGCCCAAAGCUCUGGGGGGUUUUGGCGUGAUAGAUUUUGAGCUGAAGGCCAAGGCUUUUUCCUUGCAGUGGGUGCGUCGUUACUUUUCGCCCGCACCUGGCAAAUGGAAGGCCUUCUUCAGUUUCUUUCUCCUGUCAUGUCUUUCUGUCAUGCCAGUUCAAGCUCUCUCUGUAAAUACUUUCCCGCGUCGAUUAAUUUCUCUUCUGCCUUCGUACUACCAGUUUCUACUCCGCGCCUGGUUUCAGUUUGACGGGGGUGUGGUGGACGGGCUCCUCUCUUUGGAUGUCUCGUCCGAUCGACCUCGCUCCCUCCCCGAAAUCACUUCCCAUGUGGCCUAUGUCAUUGGCCGCAGGCUGGUCACUCCGGAACCUCACUGCAUUGGCAAGUUCCGUCCCACUUACGGUCCGUUGUAUUGGUCCCAGACUUGGGACCAAGUCCAUUUAACAACUUUGGACAGACCGGUGGUUGACGUGAACUGGAAGAUAGCGCACGGUGUUCUUUACACGGCCUCUCGUCUUGUCAACUCGUUCGGGAUGGCCAACAUCGAGGUGCGUUGUCACUGCCGUGCAGAUGAGGAGACGUUGGAACACCUUUUCUUCGAGUGUGCCUAUGCCAGGAUUCUCGUCGGUUGGGUGUACUUCAACCUCAUGGUUGUCUGUCCAUCCGCUCCACCCUUCACCGUCGAGGAAUUGCUUUUCGGGAUCAACACAAACAGACGUCGCAACGUCCCUAAGAUCAUCUUGUGGAUGUUGCAGGUAGUAAAACACCACCUCUGGGUCGCUCGCUGUGAUUUUCGUUUUCGCGGCGUGCUGCGCACAGAGGCAGAGUGCUUGAAGGCAAUGAUCGCGCGCUUAAAAUUUCUUCUCAAAGUGCUCGCCGGCCGCUGUCGUUCUCCUUCUCAAAUUCGGUCGUUUGAGAAGCAGUGGUUGGCCAAUAAGACUCUCGGGCACUUUGAGGGCGAGAAGCUGGUCUUCUCAUUUUAA